ACCAAGUCAAAAGCAGCAAGAGUAACAGUGUCCUCUCAGCUGCCAAAGUUUGUUUUCGUUUCCUCCAACAGUCCCUCCUCUCCUCUCUUCCCCUCCCUCAUACCCCUGCGCCCCGCCCUGCCCCGCCCCGGCCCAGCCGGGACUUCUGUCGGAGCCAAUCUCCCCGGGCGGAGGGCAGCGGGUGGAGGACCACUCCCCUAAUACUGGAGCGUGGCCCGGGGGAGGCCUCGCACUACGCCCUUGGGGCCUUCUUUGCUCCUGGGAGCCCUUCCUUUCACCCCUUCGUCUCUUCCUCCAACGCGGAGCCGCCGACCCUCGCCCUACGCUUCUGGAUCCCUUGAUGACACUUGCUCUGGGCCUGAGGAAGGCUGAAGGGGAAAGCUCUGGGAACCGUGAGCUGAAAGAAGAUUUGGUCUUUAGGAGAAAGUUAUUGAGCAUGAUCACCAGAACUACCUUGGAUUCAGGGAAUCAUGCGAUGCUGAAGAAUAAAAAUGAUAACUGGGGACGGAAAUCUCAUCGGGAGAGAAACAUUAGCUCUGGGCCGGAGCUCUUCCGCCAACUCUUUAGGCAGCUGCGUUACCAAGACACUUCUGGGCCCCAGGAGGCUCUGGUCCGACUCCAGGAGCUCUCCCGAUGGUGGCUAAGACCAGACAUUCACACCAAGGAAGAGAUUCUCGAUCGACUAGUCCUGGAGCAGUUCCUGACCAUUCUGCCAGGGGACACUCGGACCUGGGUAUUGCUGCAUCACCCAGAGAAUGGGAAAGAGGCUGUGGCCCUGGUGAAAGAUGUUGAGAGUCACUUUGAGGAACAAGAAAUGGAGGUGGCAGCCCCUGCUCAGGUUCAAGACGGGAACCUCUGGAUGGGGACGACUUCUCUGGGAGCCUCGCAGGAAUCCCUUCCUAGGCCAUCUCUCGGGGAUCACUUCUCAGGCAGGCCCCCCUCGGACGCCGCCACGGCCCACCUCCAGGAUCCCCUAAAUGUGCCUCCAACUCCCCAGGUGCCUGCUGGCCCUCAGGAGGGAAGCACAGGAGAUCCGGCGGUGGCCGGGUCUCCGGGAGCCAGGCUACAGGAAUCCAUGACAUUCGAGGAUGUGGCCGUAUACUUCAGUAAGGCAGAAUGGACGCUUCUCUCCCCUGCCCAGCAGGUCCUUUACAGGAACGUGAUGCUGGAGAAUUAUGAGAAUUUGGCCUCUCUGGCAUGCCCAUUUCCCAAACCUAUUGUGAUUUCCAACCUGGAGCAAGCAUCAUGGGACCUUCAGGAAGCCUUGGUUCAAGAUCUGAGAAAUACGUAUGCAGGUGAUGAAUCCCAAAAGGAGAACAAGAAGCUGGCUCCAGCCCGGGAGAGUGCUGAAGCAGAUCCUGAAGCAUCAUCACCAGGAGAACUCCAGACCUGUGCUCCUCAGCAGCCUGAGUUUGAAGAGUCUGCUGAACAUGACCACAACAGGGAGAAGCCAGGGGGAAAUUCUGCUCUGGAGAUAGUGACGGGAGAGGAGAGAGGUUCCAGGUACAUGCUAGGCAAGGAUGUAAAAGCCACUGCAGGGGAGGCAGGGGAAAGUGUUGAGUCAUGUUAUCAGAGCACUCCCAAACCACAGAAAAUCUACAAAUGUGGUGAGUGUAGCAUGUACUUCAGACAUAGUUGGGACCUUCUCCAGCAUCAGAAAACUCACAGUGGGGAGAAUUCUCUUCCAUGUGGUGAGGUUGGGAGUGCCUUCAGCCAUACUUCAGGGUCCAGUCAAGCUCAGAGAAUAAAAGGUGAAAACAUGCCUCAUAAGUGUAAAGACUGUAACAAGUCCUUCAACCAUCGCUCACAUCUGGAACACCAUCAAAGACUUCACACCCGGGAGAGACCGUAUAAGUGUAAAGAGUGCGGGAAGACCUUCAGGUGGAGCUCAAACUUUGCUCGUCAUAGAAGAAUUCACACUGUACCAAAGCACUACGAAUGUCAAGAAUGUGGAAAAGAGUUCACUAGAAUUUCCCAGUACAUUAUUCAUCAGAAAUUCCACUUCACAAAGAAACUGCACAUUCGCAAUCGAUAUGGUAGAACUUUCAGGCACAUCUCGACACGUAACACACAUAGGAAGGUCCAUGCUGGAGAGAAACGCUAUAAAUGCAAAGAGUGUGGGAAGACUUUCACAAGAAACAGAACCCUUCUGGAUCAUCAGAGAAUCCACAGCGGAGAGAAGCCCUAUCGAUGUAAUGACUGUGGGAAAACUUUCACAAGAAACAGAACCCUUGUGGAUCAUCAGAGAAUCCACAGCGGAGAGAAGCCCUAUCGAUGUAACAACUGUGGGAAAACUUUUACAAGAAACAGGAGCCUUGUUGAGCACGAGAGGAUUCACACUGGGGAGAGGCCUUACGAAUGUAGUAAGUGCGGGAAAGCCUUUAAUCGCAAGUCCUACCUAUUUCUUCAUGAGAGAACUCAUAACAAAAAGAAGCCUUAUAAAUGUGAUAUUUGUGGAAAAGACUUUAGGUGGGGUUCCGGCUUUGCUCGACAUCGAAGAAGCCACACUGAGGAGAAAUACAAUGAAGUUAAUGAGCAAAGGGGAAUUUUUCCUCAUGGCUCUGACGUUCAACACCAGAGAAUUCCUACCGAAGAGAAGUCUUAUGAAUGUCAGGAAUGUGGGAAAACUUUUACUCGGAAGAGAACCCUUAUUGAUCAUCAGAGAAUUCACAGUGGGGAGAAACCCUAUGAGUGCAGUCAAUGUGAGAAAACUUUCAGCUGUAGACCAUACCUCAUUGCACAUCAGAGGACUCAUAUCCCUAAAGUUCAUCAGAAAAACCAAAUCAUGGAGAACUACUAUAAGUGUAGCCAAUGUGGAAAAAGCUUUUCUCAGAAGUCAACACUUCUUAUACAUCAGAGACUUCAUACUGGAGAACGACCCUAUAAGUGUAGUGUCUGUGGGAAAGCCUUCAGGUGGAAGUCAAACUUCAUUCAACAUCAGAAAAGACACCCUGGGAUGAAACAACACAAAUGUCAAGAAUGUGGCAAAGUGUUCAGCCAGAAAGACAUCCUACUGGCUCAUCAGAUGAUCCACAGUGGGGAGAAAAUCUUUAAAGAUCAGUAUGGUGGCAAAAAGAAUAGGAAUACCAAACGUCUUAUUGAGUAUCUACAAAGACGGGAUUGUGAAAAACCUUAUAAAUGUACUAAAUGUGGGCAAUCCUUCAGCUCUGCCUCGGUCUUUAGCUUACAUUGCAAAAUACACACUGGGGGGAAAACUUAUGAAAAUGAUAAUGCAGACAUUUUCCCCCAGAACUCCAGUCUUACUUCACAUCAAGAAUUUCAAACUAGGGAAAAAGUUUAUAAGUGUAACAUGUGUGAUAAAGCCUUUCCUAAGAAAUCCCAGCUUAUUAUGCAUGACAGAUUUCAUACCCGAGAGAGACCAUAUAGAUGUAAUAAAUGUGGGAAAAAGUUCAGAUGGAGCUCAAACUUAUCUCGACAUCAGAAAAGCCAUAUUGCAGAGUAAAUUGUAAAGGACCGAUUUUGUAGUUUUGUGGCCAUUUCUACAAAAUUCAUCUUAGCUAAGGAGAGCUCAGCUGUGCCAUUAAUGAUUCUGGGGAGGGGAGAUUGAUAACUGAUUUUUCUUUCUUGAAGGGGAGUUUUCAUCAUGUUCAAGAAUUCCUUGCAUUUAUCAGGAAAGGCCCCAAGAGCAUCAUUUGUAAAAAUUAGAAGAGAGAUUUCAAGCUUGCUUUUAGUUGAAGCCGAUCGUAGGAAGUAAUAUAGUACUAGUUUCAGGAAGAUUGAAAUUAAAUCCUCCCCCUUGUAAGUUGUAUAACACUGGACAAGUCAUUUAGACUUUGUAAAGGCAAUCCUUUUACUCUUAAUUUCUUCUGUUGCACCCUUUACAUUUUGAGACUAUCUGGAAACUCACUACUGCUUAUCUACUAAGUCAUAUAUAGUUUGGUGCAGGGAAUUACAAAAUUUCAGCUGUUAGGCAAAAGGGCAGAAACUGCCUUUUAAUCCAAGAGGGGACUCAAUGGAGAGGGGAACAACUAGAGAUUGAAUUGGUUUCACCACAAAUUUAAUUUGGUUUUCUUCCUAGAGAGGUCUGAAUUUGUAUGGAGGGAGUGAGGUUGGGAUGUAGAUGAGAGGGGUGACCUUGUCUUUUACCGAGACUCCGGCCCCCUACCUUUCGGGUCAAAAAUGCAAUUUCAUAUUUAAAGGCUGGAUUUAAUUGAUGUCAGGGAGGACCUCCACCUUCUCCCUUUGACUUACCAUUCUUAUUCACUCUGACCCUUGCCUCACCUGACACUUUUCUUUAGUAAUUUCAACAUUACCUUUUAUAUCUAGCCUUACAAUGCUGUCCUUUCGUAGUUUUGACUUGGAAAAUUAUUACUGCCUGCCUGCUAUAUUUUCUUGGAUAGGUUCAGACCUUUACAUCUAAGCCAUUUCAGGGAAUUAAAACAUAAUGCUAAUAAAGUGAACAUUCCUCAAUCGGCCAGAUGUAUUAAAUGAGUAUUUUAAUGGUUAUAUUUUCAUUGUAUUAUUCAAGGUAAGCAUUUAUCAAAAUUAAAGUUGUAAACAGAAGCACUCUUUGAUUUAUUUUCAAGAAUCUUUCACUUUUUAUUCUUUCCACACCUUGUCACAGAUUUUCUGUAAUCAUCCCUAUUUAUAUGUUAUUUAUCAUUAGCCAUAGUGACUCAGGUCUAAAUGCAAAUAUCACAUGUGAAUGAAGCGUAUAUCGAAGUAAAAAUUAGUGUAUUAAUUAGUAAUUACACGUAUUUAAUCAAAAACAGGAAAAUUGAGAAAAUCAUAUGUUUUAUAUAUAUUGUGUGAAAUUUACAUUCCUAGUAGCAUACAUAUUAAGCAAUCAAAACAUUGGUGGAGCUCCUAAUCUGGUAAAAGAGAUUUUAUCUUACACUCUUGUAAGAGAGCAUAAGAAUAUAUAACAAAAUUCUCCUGAGAGUGUUAAAACUGAUAAAAGUGUUUAAAAAUACCUUGCAAUAUUGGUGAAUCUUUUAGAUAUUGAGUGCCCAAACUGCACCUUGAACAACCACCUGUGAGUCCUGACCCCUGCAUUACUGCAGAGAGCUGAAGUGCUUGCAUUGGGCUGCUGGACAGAGGGGUGAAGCAUGUAAAAAUGAUAAGGUAUGGGUAGAGAGGGAGAAUGGAGCAGCCUCCUCCAUGCCACCAGGGCACCAGUGCCACGCCUUUGCCAACAUGGCCUAGUCUCUGUUUGACCGGGAAAGAACUUUUCUCAUGAGAUAAAUGUGUAUGUGAUUUAACUGCAUCCAUCUCAAGCAUCUUUCUCCUCUUUUCAUUCAUUCAUUUAUCUAUCUACCUAUCUAUUUAUUUUCAAACCCUUACCUUCUAUCUUAGAAUUAAUACUGUGUAUUGGUUCCAAGGCAGAAGAGUGGCAAGGGCUAGGCAAUGGGGGCUGAGUGACUUGCCCAGGGUCACACAGCUAGGAAGUGUCUGAGGUCAGAUUUGAACCCAGGACCUCCCAUCCCUAGGCCUGGCUCUCCAUCCACUGAGCCACCCAGCUGCCCCUUUCUCCUCUUCUUGACCCCAGAAUGGCCCCACUGAGCUGUUGUGUGUUAUAGCUAUCUUCUGACCCUUAAGAAGACUCAAUUCUCCCAGUAUCACUGCAACCCUUUGCAAUUCUUUCUAGUGUUCUAGUGUUGGUUAUACCUUAAAUCAUUCUCAACAAUGACAAUAAUCUGGUUCUGUAGAGGGAGUCAAUACUGUUUCCCACACUGCUAUCCUUUUUUCAUUGAAAAUUUUUAUUUAAUUUAGAAUAUUUUCCCAUGGUUACAUGAUUCACAUUCUUUCCCUUCUCUCCUCCCCGCCUCAUCACCCCUAUAGCCGAUGUGCAAUUCCACUGGGUUUUCCAUGCCCACGCUGCUAUCUUCAGACUUCCCCUCUGUUGCCAUUUGUCACCAACUUCACCCUCUCUUCACCUUUGAAGUUAAACUAUGCAAGCAGAACCCAAUAUGGAUCCUGAUGGCAAUCACUUACCAGCCCUUGAGCCAUUCCUCAUCCCUUGGAGUUCAGUUCCUGCUUCAGAGCCUUCCUUUCUUGCCAUCAUCCUUGGGGACUUCAACAUAUGUGUUAAUUUUCCCCUUAAACAGCCCAGCCCUCCAAUCUCCUCAACUCAUCUAUGUUGGUCUUUGAGAGUGCCAGCCAUGACCUUUAUCUUACUAUCACCUUCGAGUCUUUUCCUUCUAAGAUAAAUAAUUAUGACUUCAUUUCUCCCCCUACGUUCACCAUCCCAAGUCUGUUCUGUAUCUGUAUCCUUAAGAUGACUUCUAGGGCCUCUGCUUCUCAGUAGACUCCUUGGCUGUCUAGUUUUAAUUUCCUCCCUUCCCCAUCUGGACCUUAGCGUUAACCCACAGCUCAGCAUCACGUGGGCCUUUCUUGACGUGCCUCUUCUCUUGACGAUGAUGCUUUGUCAGCUCCAAAGCUCCAUUGCGCUUGCCAUCUGCCUCAGCUGGUCUUACUUAAAUCAUAGAAUGGUGUCGGUUGUGGCCCCUACACAGUUGGUCGAAUCUCCCUGGGCAGCAAACUUUUCUUCAAGCCUUCCAUAACCCUCUCUUCCCCUCUCCCACUUAGCCCCUCCCUUCCUCUAUGCAUAUUUAUGUAUGCACCAUUCCUGUGGGCUUUUCUACGUCAUAAGCCCCCUUGAUAGCACCAUUUCCCCCUUUAGGCUUGAGUCAAGCUGUUAUCUCUACCAAAGUCAACCCCUAUCUGCUCUUCCCCAUGAUGGUUUCCUCCAUUGGAUCCCUUCUAUAAUCCCUUCAGCCUUCAGUUUGCUGGUUCUUUUUCUGAUGCCGGCCAACACGCCCAGAUCUCCCCAGUCCUUAAAGCAAAAACCCUUAAGGGGACUCUGCCAUUCCUUAAAGCUUUCUUGGAUUUCUUCUCUCAAGCCAAAUUUCUGGAAAAAGCAGUUUAUGCUUCUACUUCUUUGCCAAUUGCCUAACCCUUUUCCAUACUGCUUCCAACCCAAAGAGCUCUCUGCAAAGUUCUCUCUUAAUUGCCAAAUCUGAAUGACCUCUUCUCGUCCCUCAUUCUUGACUCCAUUUGGCCACCUCGUCUUCUUAAAUACUCUGGGAUGUUGAGGCAUUGUUCUCUCUCAGUUCUACCUGUCUGACUCUUCCCGUCCCCUUUGCUGGCCCAUCAUGAGGGAAGUCUCAAAGCUCUAUCUUGGGAUUUGAUCUGCCUACACUUGGGGACUUCAUUAGCUCUUUAGAUUUGAUUAUCAUUUCUAUGCAGAUGCUGUAGAUCCAUGUAUCCUGUCCUAGUCUCGCACCCGAGUUCCAAUCUUCUAUGUUGGGACAUUUCACACUGGAUAUCUUACAGGCAGCUCAUUUCCAAAACAACAACUCUUUGCCCUGAAGUCCACCACUGUACUUCUAAAAAUUCUAUUUCUUUGACUUAUUUUUUUAUUAUGAAUUUAAGAGCCUAAAAAUGAGCAUUUGCUACCUGUACAUAAAAAGAUUUACUAGGAAACUGGAUUUCUUUCAUUUCAUUCCAUUCUGUACUUUAAAAAACUAUAUAAGGCAGUUGCCAGGUGGCUCAGUGGAUUGAGUGCCAGGCCUAGAGAUGGGAGGUCCUGGGUUCAAAUUUGGCCUCAAACACUUUCUAGCUGGUUGACCCUGGGCAAGUCACUUAAACCCCAUUGCCUAGCCCUUAUUGAUCUUCUGCCUUAGAACCAAUACAUAGUAUUGAUUCUAAGAUGGAGGGUUUAAAAAACCACCAUAUAAUAAAUGCAAAACUGUACUGUUUGUGUUUCCUUCUAACCUGUUGCCUGUGCACUACUUUAAAGAUUUCAGUAGCCUUUGUUUGACGUCAUUAGAAUUUCUUCUCCCGCCCCCUCCCAAUAAAAAUUGGUGUGUGGGUGAGACCUUCAAAGCAAGCACAGUAAGUAAAAAAAAUCCACACUGUAGCCACGUUCAAAAAAAAUAUAUAUUUCCUUUUAUACUUUGAAUCCAUUCUCUCAGGAAAUAUGUAUCAUACUUAAUCACAAGAUUAAUUUCUGGGAAUGUGUUAGUCACCAACUUCAUCAUCAUAAUUGUCUUUCAAAGUUGCUCUGUACAAUAAUGCUGUCAUAGAAAUUGUUUUGCUAAUUUUAUUCUGUAUCAGUUUGAACCAGGAUUUUCUGAAAUUGUGUUUCAUAAUUUCUGACAGCAAAAAUAUUCUGUCACAUUCAUAGACUACAGUAUGUUUAGCUGUUCCUUAAUUGAAUCUAAUCCUAUAGAUUCAUUUUUUCCCCUCCAUUUAAUUAUCUCUUCAGGACGUGGAAGUUCAUUUUACUAUUGGCCAUUUUCUCCAUGAUAUUCUUUCUUAACUGCUUCUUCUAUCUCACCUUGUUUCUCUGUUGAGUUUGAUAUAUUUCUACACUAAAUUGUGUGUGUGUUAUAAUCUGAGCUUUUUAGAUAUUAAUAAAAUUUAUCGGAUGAUUAUGUUAGAUGAUUAUGCAGUUUCACAGGAUAAUUGGUUAUGAAGGGUCACAUCUAGACACUAGAGUUGGAGGGAAAUUAGAACAGCUUUAUUAUGAGAUUUAACAAGUAGCAAUCACCCAGAGUAUGUGCACAUAGACAGUCUGCAGGGACUACAAUUGCAGAAUCAGUGAAAUGGGCUUUUAUACACAGUGAUAAAGAAGCAGGGGAUUUUCCAGGUGACUCCAGGUUGUCUCAUGAUUAUCAGAAAGACAUAAAAGUAAAACACUCUCUAUUUUGGGGGUUAGUAAGGAUUCGGAUGUUGCAAGCCUUGUACCAUAAAAGGAGGCAGAACCCCAAGAUAGAUAAGGACCAGGGCCGAGAUGGAGGGACUUUACAAAAUGGAAUUUUGGUUACCUUGCUACCUACAAUUCCACUCCUUGGGACUAUUAACAAUCUCACAAUUUGAUUUUUAAAAAAUUCCCAAAUCAGUAUCAGUCCAAGAAGAAAUGAUAUACAGCUUAUAGAAUAGGUAACUGGUCCAUAACAUAUAGAACUAAUAAAAAUAGCAAAAAAAUAAAAUUAAGGUGAAUAAUGGAAUCCAAUAUAACUGUAGCCUUAAGGGUGUCAAGUCCUUUGGCAGGGUCCAUGAACUCCAGGGAUUUGGCAAUUAUUUCCUGCGUGUUUCUUGAACAUCUGUGGAUCUAUGGAUCAGAAUAGGCUCAUCGAGGUAAUUUCCUUGACUGUCUUCAGGUUCCAGGUCACUUGUAGAGAUUCUCUAGAUAAUCUAAUAUUGCUAAAGCCUGCUAGUGAUAGACAGUAUAAUUUAGUAAAACCCAAUUGGCCUUCAGUAAUCAGAUUGGCCUUCCAGUAAUGAGUUCAUGUGGUGAAAACCUGUUCAGAUUUUAUGGAGCUAACCUUAUAAACAACAGAGCUAGAAAAAGAACAUAAAAAUAAGCCAAUAAGAUAGCCCAUCCCAUUAUAGCAGUUCAGAGAUGCUGGGAUAUUGAAACAAGAAGAUUCAUUAGAAAAAAUAAUGCUCGAGGUCACACAAUUUAUAUAUUUCUGAAACAGGAUUUGAACUUAGGUUUUCCUGAUCCAUAUAUUUUCCAACCAUGUUGGCUCAAGGUUAAAUGUUUGUCUUAUCUCAACUAGAUCUGAAUAAUGCUGUCUGGGGUGAGUGAGGCAAGGGAGGGGGAAGGGAGAGAGAGAGAGAACUAUCCUUUUGAAGGCUUUGAAAAGAAAAAUAAAAGUGUUCACUGUUUUUCUUACUGAUAACAUGCCUAAUUUUCAUGUUACUGACAGGAUACCCUGGUGAUAGAUAACCUGGGGAGGCCCAAUUGCAGGGUAUGAGGUGAACGUUGGAGCUGUUUUUAUUUCAAUUUCUCUUUUGAAAUGGUCGUUGAUAGUUUGAAUUUUUUCUUUGGAAGACAAUUUGCUCACAUAUUCUGACUAUCUCUUGGGGAAUGACUUGAUAUUAAGUAUUUUUAAAUUUCCAAUAUGAGAAUUAUCAGGCUUUUAUCAAUAAUACUUGAUGCAAAGAUUAUUUCCUACUCACCAUGAUUUUUAAAUCUUUGCUUUCUGGCCUCAAAUUUAACUGCUUAUUAAAUAGUUACUGUAGAAGAAAAUCCUUUUUUUUAAAUGAAGACCUUUAUUUUUGUAUAAAAAUGUAUAAAAUAUUUUUGUAUUUUGUAUAAAAUUUUGAGUAGAUUCAUGAUUGAAGUCUGCAGCUAAGAAAAACUAAGGCAACAAGGUUCAAACACAAUCAAAUCAAUGCAUUAGAAAAACUAACAUUUGCCAAUAAAUGGGUUCCUUGGUAACUGAGUAACUUAGUAACUAAACUCGACAAUUUAGGCAGUUCUUUUAUAAUCCUAAAAGAAGAACCUUGAACAGGCAAAAAAAUUGACCUAAUCUGUACAGUGUUAGGUUUGGCUAGAAUUGGAGAAUUGGAUUUUUCACAGCCUGGAGCAACAGCAAUAGCUUAGAUUUCCUGGAAUAUCUGACAUUAAAGCUUCAUGGAAUUCAUUUGACCUUUAUCUUAAGUAAGCUCCUUCUGAAAGUGGGUGAAACCUGACUUAUAAGAGUGAAAGAAGGAAUGAAAGUUGUAGGUUUAAGGGGCUUAAACUCAUACAAUGAUGUAGGAUAAUAAGUUGAUUAAGCUUUAAUGAAAAAGUAGUAAAUCAGAUUUUAAUAUUGUGAUUUAUAAUAAAUAUAAGCCCUCUAAGUAGUAAAUUAUAAACCUAUCCCUGUUAGUUCUAUAUAUUUGAAGUAAACCAGAUUAUUGGGAUUAAGCUAUCCUAAACCAGUUUGGAAUCUGGUCCUCCCCUUUGCAGGCUCAGAAAUUCUUUUUCAGUAGUUUACCUAGAAAUGAUCAAACUCUAGGGAAACCAUAAUCUCAGAACAAUUUGGGAAGGAGAAGGCCAAAUAGUUUACUUGUAGUGGGAGGUAUAUUUAGCAAGAGAAGCCAUUUGGACAUGGUCUAUGUAUUUAAGUUCAGUUGGGACCAAAUCACAGUUAUUUAAUGAAGUAAAAUCCAAAAUUAAGUGAAUGGGAACAAAAGGAAAUGGGAGCUCUUAAAAUAUCUAUCAAAAGAAAGUGUCAUAAUGAAUUAGCCUUUUCUAAUCUAUGAAUGUUUCUCUAGAGAAGUAGACUAAGCUUUUUGGACACAUCUGUAUUGGUAAAAAAAAUUUGGGUACCCCACAAUAUAGCUACAUAUAUAAUUUAUAUCAUGAUUAUAUCAAUAUCAUAAAAUAUGUACAAAAUUGAUUUUUGAAAGGAUGAGACAGAUGAAAUAAUAUUAAAUUUAUUAGCAAUAUAUCAUCUUGAUGGAAUAUGCUUCAUUAUCCUUGAAAAUCUUGGUUUAACAUUUUGUGAUGGUAUUUUGAAGGUCUAGUUCUGAAUUCAGUUUGUACUUGUUUUAAUAGCAGUCAGACCUCACAAAGAUAUGUAGAUCCAAAAGGAAGAAGUCCAUUGGACAUGCUUAACUGAAUCACAGCACUAAGUUGUCAAUUCUGCCCACCAAUUAUAUAAGGGGGUUUGCUGAAAUUUGGCUAGCUAAUAUUUAUCUUCCCUAAUGACAAUGUUAGUCUCUGGAGGUUCCAGGCUCCAGGUUAGUAACGAUUCUUAAUGAAGAAGAGAACAACUUCAGCAGGGUGUGUGGCAUUUCCUAGCCACUGUCCAAACUCCUGUCAAGGGCAUCACUCUCCUUUCAGUCACCUCUCUAACAUCAAUGCCAUUAUGUGCCCUUUUGGGAGGGUAAAAGAAUGAGAGCUUUUCUGCCAAAAAUUUUAAAGCUUUCAAAAGAUAGUCUCAUACCUGUGUUUCUAACUAGGAAUGCCUGUGGAGAUUGGAAAAAGACAGAGACAGAGAAAGAUAAGAGGGAAGGAAGAAGUUUCCCUAUUUGCAGAAAUUUAUGGCACUGCAAACCAGCAUAGAAAGUUAAUAUUAAUUUGUACCCCUUUUUGACACCCCCCCAAAACAACUUUUUGACUUUAAAGAAAAACAAAAGUUUCAUCUUAAGACUGAAGAUGAACUUGCUUUCCCCCCCUUGCUGAAGCACGGCGGGGACAAGUCUUUGUUCAUCUAUAAACCUUGAGUGGUUAUUAAUCUUGUUUGGAGAAACAGAGAGAGAGAGAGAGAGAGAGAGAGAGAGGCAGGUGGAGAAAAAGUGCGCAUGUGCUGUGGCCAUUCACAAUGUUGCAUGGGGACUCCUGGUGUCCUGAAGACCUGCCUCUUGUCCAGGUGGAGGUCAGAGUCUUCCAGGUGGUUUGGGAAAGGGCCAUCAGAAAGAGCAUAAGAUGGCAGAGGGUGGAGAACUCACACUCUUCCUGUGGAAUUGGGGCCUGGGGAGGUGCUCAGUCUGUCUUGGGGCUGGCACAGCUGGCUUAGGGAAAAAGGCAAGUAAGAGAGGGGAUGGCCACAUGUGACUGAGGCUUUUUCCUCCCCCCUCUGGCCCACUUUUUAUUAUUUAAUAAUUAUAAGUUAAAAUACAGCCUCUAGAAAAUUUUAAUCAUAACUCCAGGCAAAUUUAUGGUGCAGUAGAUAGAAUGGCAUGCAGGGAAUAGAGCCGGGAAGACCUGCAUUCAAAUCUGUCCAAAUCUGGGCAAAGUCACUUAACCUCAUCUUACCUCAGUUUCUUCAGCUGUAAAAUAGGAAUAAUUAACAAUAAUAACAAUAAUAAUGCCUACCUUCCAGGGCUGCUGUGAGGAUUAAAUGAGAUAAUAUUUGUAAAGGUCUUCAUUGGGAAAAAUUAUUAUUCAAGCAUGGGAGAUUUAUUCUCUGAACAAUAACUGUUUGAAGCUAUAUGAGCAAAAGGGGUAAAUAUUCUAUACUGGUCUCUGAAUGCAAUUUGUAUAGAAUGCCAAAAUCUGUAGACAAAUGUUUUUCCUAUGUAAGAUAAUUUAGAGAUGAAGUCAAUCAACAUUAAUGGAUGUGCUAUAAAAUUUGUGUCUAUAUUUUAAAUCUAUCAUAUUGUUUUAUGUUAGCAUGGUUAUAGUUGCAUUGUGAUUUUGGGAAAUUACUAUGAAGAAGUGCUGUUAAUUUGUGGAAUAAUACCUACGGUAUAAAGCAAUUAUAUUAUUAGGUUAGCUCCUCUUUUGAUCCAAGUGCUAUGAAAUGAUGACUUUGAGUUAUUACGUAGUAGAGGCUUUUGUCUGGAAUACAAUGUCUUUGUGGUUGAAAACUUUCUUAAAUGUUCAAAUGGGCAAAUUUUGGUUUGAAAAAAAAAAUAAUAACAGUGUCUGGGAAAAUACAAAAGAUCUUGGGAGGAAGUCUCAUUAUCUGUGAACUGGCAGGUUCUCCUGAAUUUUGGGUCUUGGCAAGGUCCUAAAAAUCUUAUCAGCAAGAAUAUAUAGGAAGGCCCCAUUUCCAUGGGGAAUAGCAUGCUGACCCCAUAUAAAAUGUGAUUUCUUCUACACACAUAUGCAGAAUAAAGUUUAAGUGAUAAAUUAGUUGCACAGUAUGACAUUACCAACAUUAAAUAAAGUAAUAAUAAAGUACAUUGUAUGCUAUUUUAGUGUUGUCUCCUCUUGUCCAUAGAUGCCCAUACAUUCCAAGAUUGCCCAUUGAAGAGGUCUCAGAGACCACCCAAAAGAGAAUCUGGGGAUUUCUCAGAAGUGCAGGGUUGGGGAACAAACAUGAAAACUAUAAAAGAAUGUAUAUUUUGCAACUCAGGGUCUCAGACUUCAAAUUGGGGGGUCUGUAGACAUCUGAUCUGUGAGAUUUCUUUGCUCCUAAUAAAGCCAGAUCUUUGCUCAGAA